AUGUCCAACAGCAGCUCCCUCAAAGAAUUCCUGCUCAAGCCAUUCACAGACACACGGGAGCUGCAGCUCUUGCACUUCUCGCUCUUCCUGGCCAUCUACCUGGCUGCCCUCCUGGCCAACGGCCUCAUCAUCACAGCCGUAGCCUGCGACCACCGCCUCCACACCCCCAUGUACUUCUUCCUCCUCAACCUCUCCAUCCUCGACCUUGGUGCCAUCUCCACCACUGUCCCCAAAUCCAUGGCCAAUUCCCUGUGGAACACCAGGGCCAUUUCUUACUUGGGAUGUGCUGCCCAGGUCUUUUUCUUUGUCUUCUUUAUCUCAGCAGAGUAUUGUCUCCUCACAGUGAUGGCCUAUGACCGCUACAUUGCCAUCUGCAGACCCUUCAACUAUGCAACCCUCAUGGACAGCAAAGUGUCUGUCCAAAUGGCCGCAGCUGCCUGGGCCAGUGGUUUUCUCUAUGCUCUCCUGCACACCGGGAACACAUUUUCCCUACCCCUCUGCCAAGGCAAUGUGGUAGAGCAGUUCUUCUGUGAGAUCCCCCAGAUCCUCAAGCUCUCCUGCUCACACUCCUACCUCAGGGAAGCUGGGGUUAUUGUGGUUAGUGGCUUUUUAAUCUUUGGGUGUUUCAUUUUCAUCGUGAUGUCCUAUGUGCAGAUCUUCAGAGUGGUGAAGAGGAUCCCCUCCGAGCACGGCCGGCACAAAGCCUUCUCCAUGUGCCUCCCACACCUGACCGUGCUCUUCCUGCUUAUCAGCACUGUGUUGGUUGCCUAUCUGAAACCCCCUUUCAUCUUCUCCCCAUCUCUGGAUCAGGUGCUGGCUGUUCUGUACUCGGUGUUGCCUCCAACAGUGAACGCCCUCAUCUACAGCAUGAGGAAUAAAGACCUCAAGGAGACACUGAAGAUUCUGAUUCAAGGGAUUCUACUUGAGAAGGAAUGA